CUCAUAAUCAGACCCUGAGGCUGAAUGAGAACAUGUAAGAAUCAUGACUGAAACUGCUGUUUGUGUUGGAUCAUUCUCUUCUGUGAAGACACUUUGGGAAGUGAGAAUACAGAAAAUAAAUGAUGAAUUACGUAAAGAAAAGGAAUUCAGAGAGAGGUCUGCAGGAAGACUAAUGCUUGUCUGGGAAGAGAGAGCCACUUUAGCAAAGCUUAAAGAAAAAGUUAUUAAUGAAGAUGGGAAAGCAAUUUUAAGGAUAGAGGAAGAAGAAUGGAAGACACUACCUUCAUGCUUGCUGAAACUAAUUCAUCUCCAGGAAUGGCAACUCCACAGAAAUAGUUUGCAGACAAUACCUCAGUUCAUUGGAAGAUUUCACAAUCUUGUUGUUCUAGAUCUCUCACGGAAUUCAAUCGAAAGUAUACCUAAAGAAAUUGGCCAGCUGACUAGCCUCCAAGAGCUGCUUCUCAGUUACAAUAGAAUUAAGUCUGUUCCUAAGGAAAUAAGUAACUGCAUCAGUCUGGAAAGAUUGGAACUGGCUGUUAACAGGAAUAUCUGUGAUCUUCCUCUGCAGCUCGGUGAUUUAAAGAAACUUUCACAUGUGGACCUGUGCAUGAAUCAAUUUACUACCAUCCCCUCAGCUCUUCUCAAUAUGCCAUGUCUAGAAUGGUUAGAUAUGGGGGGAAAUAAACUCCAGAAGCUUCCUGACACAGUUGACAAAAUGGAAAAUCUCCAUAUUGUAUGGCUGCAAAGGAAUGAGAUAAAUACUUUGCCAGAAACCAUUGGUAAUAUGAAAAAACUGAGUACCCUUGUUCUCAGCAGCAACAGACUUAAGGAUAUUCCUGCUUGUAUGAAGCAUAUGACAAAUCUGAGAUUUGUCAACUUCAGAGAUAACCCCCUGGAGCUGGAGGUAACACUUCCUCCAUGUGAGGACACAGAGGAGGAAGAGGAACGGGAAAUGUAUGGCAUUGAAUUCAUGCACUUGUACAUUCAGGAGUCACUCAAGAAAGCAGAAAAUCUGGAAAGUUGCACUUCUGAUCCCUCUCCUACCAUAAAUUCUAAUGAAUAAAGAAUGUGAUUUGGAAGAAAAUAUCAAAUAUACUUUUUCCUAACAAAGAUUCU